AAAGGAUGAAAGGCAAAUUCGACCUCAGCGGAAUUUGAACUCAGGACGUAACGACAGUCGAAAUACCGCUAAGCAUUUCGCCCGGCGCGCUAACGAUUCUGCCAGCUCGCCGCAACACCCAAAGUACUUUUCGUUUCUCCAAGACGAAACCUCGCUCAGCGGACGAUCCAAAGGACAUAACUCUUGAUGACACCAGAAUAAUAAACCCAACCAUCAUGGCGCACAGACUGCCCUUAUGGAAACAGUCUAUUCCUAAGUUUCCAGUAUACUGGCAAGGCAAUCCACAACGCUAUUUAUUUCUUCCACAAUUUUGGAUGAAAAUGGUAAAACCAAAAGGAAAAGUUCCACCUAACAGAGUUCAUUUCAUUGUACAUCCACAAAUGAGUAAAAUUGAUAUAAGAAACUAUUUAGAGAAGAUCUAUAAAGUCCCGGUAGUAUCUGUUUCGACGAGAACCCAUGAAGGUGAAGUAAAGAAACACCCUGAAAAAAGAUAUGAUGCUUUCCGUGAAGAUGCUUACAAAAUGGCAUAUGUUCAGUUGGGUGGAGACCACACAUUUGAAUUUCCAGAUAUUUUUGAUGGAAAGAAAACCAAUAUUGAGAAAGAAAUUGAAGAAUUCCAAAACCUGAAGAAAAAACAAUCACUUGAUGAACAAAAGAAUUGGAGUAAACUUUCUUUACCUCCUUGGUUUCGAUAGUAAUAACCUUCACAAUAUUGUAGUUUUUGAAAUUAAUAAAUUUGCAGUUUGUUAUA